UACGUACUCAUCCGAGUGUCGGCUACAGUAUAAGAAUUGUGUGGACAAGACUGACGUUAAAGUGGUAUGUCAAGGACGUUGCCCAUGCAAAUCCACAGAUUUCAAUGAUGCCGUCGGUCACGUUACUAUGCCGGCACCCGAGCCGCUGAAAAAGACGGAGAUGAGGAACGAGGGUUGGUUGGAUGAUCCCAGUGGUGGACGAGAAAACGAUAUCAACGUUCAUAAACCAGCUAAGACAAAGUUGUCCAGCAGCGUCUGCUCCAAAAAAGAAAUGAAGGAACUGCGUUUUCGAUUAAACGAGUGGUUUUAUACAGUGUUCCGGCAAAAAGUCGAAGAAGGAAGCCCUGAAGAUUUCGUACAAAAUCCAGUUUGUCAAAAUGGACCGCAUCAUGCCGUUCUGAGCUGGAUUUUUCUUUAUUUCGAUGAUAAUAAGGACAACAGCUUGAGCCUGCGAGAAUUGUUUGACCUGGAAGCGGACAAAUAUGAGCGCUGUAUAAAUCCGCUUUUAGAGUUUUGCGAUAAGAACAGCGAUUUGGAAAUUUCUGGAGUUGAGUGGUGCCAUUGCUUUCAAGGAAAAGGAGGCGCUAAAACUUUGAGCCGUCGGCAUUACUGAGGCUAUGACGCAUUGCUCCCUCUGGACGACACAUCAUCGGUAUCGGUGGAUUGGUGAAACAGUCGGAUGAUACGCUUUGUGCAAUACGAUAAAUUUAGAAUGGUUGGGUGACUUGGGUCCCGUUCUCUUAUUUUCUCCAAAGUACAGUAAUCUCCACGUUUUUUACUACACGUGCCGUAAUCUCUUACUGUGCCAAAUUGUUUGCGAAUUUCCUCUUGACAGCAUAGCUGCUGCUGAUCCGAUGAUGUAAAAUGUAAAAAGUAUGCUAAUGCUUGGCUUAAUGUUGGAAUAUUGUUUUUAUUUGUGUUUAUUUGUUUCUGUAAUCAGCAGUCAACUGUGCCUACAAAUUGAGCAAAA